CUGGAAAUGCAGUGAUUACUCACCCUCUGUGUUUUCACUGGGAACUGCAAUCCAGAGCUGUUCCUAUUCGGCCAUUUUGGAUCUCUUCCUGUGCUUGAGUUUUCUCCGCAGGAAAAUAGGGGUAACAACAAUGCUUUUCUGAGAGGAUCGUGUGAGCUUUAAUAGAUUUAAUACAUAUCAAAUGCUCUAAAAAUUCUUGGUAUAUAUUGCACACACAAUAAAAGUGAGCUGCUACUGCUUUUAUUAUGACUAAUGCUGCCAGCACCACCACCGUUGCCAUGUCAUUAUUAUCAUGUAGCAAAGCAUCUGAUUAUAUUCCUCAAAUGCCUUCCAUCCCCAGUUACGCUCAUUUAGAAGUGCAGACACGUGUACACAGCAAGCAUCUACAUACACCAGGGGCUACAAACUAGCAACCCACUUGCUCAGUCUGCUGCAGACAUGUUUUGUUUUGAGCUAUAUGAUAUUUUAAGACAAGGUAUUUCACAUAAAAAUCAAAAUGUCUUGUUCAUCUUCACAGGGGGUAAAUACAGUUAGGGAAGAGAUUCUACCUCCCAGAGAGAAUUCAUGGGUAAAAAUUGAGAGGGUGGAUGCGUGGAGAACCCAGUUGUUGAAGGAUUGGCUGGAAUCCUGGAUGGCAGAGAGAAAAUGUCCCCUGGAGCAGGGAGGGGGCAGGCUCAAGGACUGCAGGAGGAUCCCCAACGUCCUGUGAAUUGGACUUAGCAACAAGGAGGCCACUGCGGACUGUGCUGGGGACAAUUGGGGAGGCACAAGCAUGAUUAUAGGAAUGGGGGUUGAUAAAGAAGAGGAGAGAGAGAAGAGUGUAGCCAAGCCUUCCAGGAAGCUUGGCUGGGAAAGAAGAAAAAAGAGUAGGCUGGGGCUGGGAGUGAGGACUGGGAUUAAAAGGAGUUUUUGUAAAACAGGAUGCUUUCAGCCUAUUUAAAUACAGACAGGAAAGGUUCAGUAGUCAAAAGAGAACACAAGAAUGAUGCUGCAGAGAGGGAGGACGGAAGUGAGAGGGAGCCAAGUUCAGGUGAAGGCUCCGCCUUAGGAAGGAAAAGUGGCAUCUCUUCUCUGGACACUGUCCCGGGAGAUGCAGUCACCCAGCUAGUUAGUGGCCAAGACAGAGCUGGGUGCAUUCAUUCAUGAACUCAUUCAGUGGACACUCACUGAACGCCUACCCUUCGCCAGGGACCACCCUAGCAACAAAUGAAACAGACAAAAAUCACUGCUUACAUUCUAGUCAUAGAAGAGACAAUAAACAAAAUGAAAAAGAAACUUGUAUAGUUCAUCAGAGGCUGAGAAACACUGUGAAUAAAAAUCAUGGGGAGUGGAGAGCACUGAGGCCGUGGGCUGCAAUUUUAAAUAGGACGGUCAGGGCAGGUGACGUUCAACCAAGGACCUGAAGACAGCCACUGAGUGAGUGAGGCCUGCAGGGGAACGUCUGGGAAUAACACCUUACAGGCAGAAGCAAGAGCAGCACAAGGGAUCCGAGAAGGGCGUGAGCCCAGAGUAUGGGAGGAGCACCAAGGAGGUGCCAUGGGUAGGACAGGGCCAGCCUGGGGCCAGUGCUAGGGGACAAGGUCACAGGAUGCACUGGGGACUAUAUUAUGUUGGACCUUUCAGGCUUUGGUAAGGGCUUCAGCUUCCACUCUGAGUGAAUGAGGGGCCGUUGGGGGAUUUUGAGCAGAGGGGCGGCAUGAUCUCACUUGGGUUUUAAUGGGGUCACCCUGGCUGCUGUGUUGAGAAUAGACUGAGGGGUGCAGCACAGCAAGAGGGCAGGGAUGGAGGCCAGGCAGAGGCCAUUUCUAUGAUCCAAGCAACAAACGAUGGUGCCCGGACCAGGGGUAGGAAGGUGGUGAGAGGGGUCUGGAUUCCUGACAUGUUUUGAGGGCAGACCCAUCAGGAUUUGCCAAUGGCUUGAAUGAAGAAUGAAAGAACAAGAGCAGUCUAACGUGCUGGUGAGGUGUUGGCUGCAGUCCCAGGAAGACAAAUUUGCCAUUUACUGAAAGGGGGAAGGCUGUGGGCAGGACAUAAUGGGUGAGGAGAGAGGAUUAAGAACUCCCUUCGGACAUGUUGAGUUUGACAUGUCUGUUAGACACCUGGAUAGAGAGGCAAGUGAGCAGUGGUCUUUAUAAGUCUAGAGUCGGGAGUGUCCAGGCUGGAGAUAGAGAUCUGGGAGUCAUUGUUGUCUAGGGUUAUUUAAAGCCAUGAGACCAGAUGGGAGCAUCAGGAGCGUGAGUGCAGACAGAGAAGAAAAGAGGUUCAGAGACUGAGCCCUGGCAUCUCUCAGUAUUACAAGGUCAAGGGGAGAGGAUGGAAUCAGCAGAGGAAUUGAAGGAGCUGGCCGGUGAAGUAGGGGCUGGGGGGCUGGGCAGGCCAUGCCAUCCUAGAGGCUGAGAGCUGUUUCCACGAGGGAGUGACCGGCUGGGUCAAAUGCUGCUGCUGUGUCACAUAGUCAAAUAAGAUGAGAACUGUGAUGUUACCACUGGAUUUAGCAACAUGUUGGACGUUGCCAUCUUGAUAGCAGCAGCUCAGAGGCUGGUUAGCCCAGAAUGGGCCCUGUGAGCAUUUCAGGACCUUCCCUGUGGAUUAAGUGGGAUGAUCUGUGCAUUCAUGCCUUGCAUGUAGGAGGCGUGCCCUGAAUGCCUGGGCUUCUGGUGGGCUCGGGGGUGAGGGUCCCAGCAGUGGCACAGAGGACAGGGCCAGCUUUGGAGGGUCUGAAUAGACGCCAGACCUGCAGGGGCUCUGAGCCCCUGGAGGGGUCCUGCCAGGCCGUUCAUUCGCACCAUCUCUCUAGACCCUGCUCUCCUCUCAGCAGAUGAGCCCACCUCCCCCAAGAAGCCGAAGAGCAUCUCUGAGCCACAGCACAGUGAUUUGGAAGGAGACACCGCCUCUCCCCUGCCCUCCGAGUGGACCUCGGUGAGGAUCAGCCCUGGGGAGGAUGCAGCUGGACAGGAUGUGCUGGCUGUGCGUGUCCUGGUCACCAGCGAGGACAGCAGCUCUGACACAGAGUCUGACUGUGGUGGCCGCGAGCCCUCCCGCCCAGAGCCCUGUGAAGAGAAACCCUGGUCAGCACCCUUGUCUCUACCGCACGCCUCCCUGAGGAGGGCCCUGAGCAGGGCGGUCUCUCCACAGUGCCCUGAGGAGCCCAAAGCUGUGCACGCAGCUCUGCAACGGGCCAAUAGCUUCCAGUCUCCAACCCCAAGCAAAUACCAGAACUGGAGGAGAGAAUUCCGGUCAAGUUUGAUGCCAGUGAACAAAAGAACUAUGUCACCUCCAAAGGACCUUUCUCCUUCUCCUCCUCUUCCUUCAUUGUCUUCUCGUUCAUCUUCCCCACCAUCUUCUGCAACCAGUGUUUCAGGGGAUGGUUCCUCCCUGCCCCAGCUGACAGCUUCUGAGCCCCUCUCACAGGUCUCAAGAGGUCAUCCAAGUCCUCCCACUCCAACCUUUUGGAGGCGAGCCAUAGCCCAAGGAGCACCCAGGGAAAUUCCCCUGUAUCUGCCUCAUCACCCAGAGCCAGAGUGGGCAGAGUACUGCCUGGGGAACCCUGGUGAAGAUGGCAUCUCAGGCCCUGCAGAGAUGAUUUCUGAUGAGUGCCAGCCAGCAGAGGCCCCUCUUGGGGACAUCAGAAGCAAGCACAGAGACCCACACCCCAUCUGGGGGAAGGACAGGUGCUUGCCAGGCCAAGAGCUGUCUCCCUUGGCUGGAGAAGACCAGGAAAAAGGGAGUACUGGAACCAGGAAGGAAGAGGAGAGAGGGCCAGUGCUGGCAAAGGAGAAGCCAGGCCUAAAGAAGUUAGUCCUCACUCAGGAGCAGAAGACCAUGUUGCUGGAUUGGAAUGACUCCAUCCCUGAGAGAGUGCACCUCAAAGCUGGGGAGCGACUUUCCCAGAAGAGUACUGAGAAUGGUAGAGGAGCCCGGGUGCUGAAGCCAGUUCGCCCCUUGCUGCUCCCUGGGGUGACAAGAGAACCUCUGCCAACCCAGAGAGGGGCUCAGGAGGAGACAGGGACCCCCGUGGAACAAGCUCGAGGGGAGCGAAGCGUGCCUCCACCUAGGUCCCCACUCCGGCUUAUAGCCAAUGCCAUCCGGAGGUCCCUAGAGCCCCUCCUUCCCAACUCUGAAGGUGGGAAGAGGGCCUGGGCCAAGCCAGAAUUCAAAACUUUGCCCACACCCACCUGCACUCGCUCAUUCAGCCUUCGGAAAACCAAUUCCAAUAAAGACAGGGACCAGCAUUCCCCUGGGAGAAACCAGUCCUCAGCCGUUAGCCCUCCUGGCUCUGCCCUCCGCACCCAUAGUUUGCCCAAUCGGCCAUCCAAGAUCUUUCCUGCUCUCAUGUCCCCACCGUGCAGCAAGAUUGAAGAUGUCCCUACACUCCUUGAGAAAGUGAGUUUGCAAGAGACCUUCCCAGAUGCUUCUAGGCCUCCAAAGAAAAGAAUCUCACUUUUUUCCUCCCUCAGACUCAAAGACAAAUCCUUUGAGAGUUUCCUCCAGGAAUCCAGACAAAGGAAGGAUAUCAGGGACCUCUUCAGCAGCCCCAAGAGGAAGGUACCGUCUGAAGACAGUGCACAGGCCCUGGAGAAGCUGCUGCAGCCUUUCAAAAGCACCUCCCUGUGCCAGGCAGCCCCUCCUCCUUCUCCUCCUCCUUCUCCUUCAGCUGGAGGUGCAGACUCCAAGAACUUUCCCUUCAGAGCACAGGUAACAGAGGCUUCCUCUUGUGCCUCUUCUACCACCUCCUCCUCUGCAGAUGAAGAAUUUGAUCCCCAGCUUUCCUUGCGGUUAAAGGAGAAGAAGACACUUAGAAAAAGAAAGAAGCUGGAAAAAGCAAUGAAGCAGUUGGUUAAGCAAGAAGAAUUGAAAAGACUCUAUAAGGCUCAGGCCAUCCAGAGGCAGCUGGAGGAGGUGGAGGAGCGGCAGAGGGCUUCUGAGAUCCAGGGUGUGAGGCUGGAGAAGGCAUUGCGAGGAGAAGCAGCAGAUUCAGGCACACAGGAUGAAGCACAGCUUUUGCAGGAAUGGUUUAAGCUGGUUCUGGAGAAGAAUAAAUUAAUGCGAUAUGAGUCGGAGCUCCUAAUCAUGGCCCAGGAACUAGAAUUAGAAGACCAUCAAAGCAGACUGGAGCAGAAACUGAGAGAGAAAAUGCUCAAGGAGGAGAGCCAGAAAGAUGAGAAGGAUCUAAAUGAAGAGCAAGAAAUAUUCACCGAGCUGAUGCAAGUGAUUACGCAAAGGGACAAACUUGUCAAUUCCUUAGAGGAACAACGUGUCAGAGAAAAAGCAGAGGACCAGCACUUUGAAAGCUUCAUAUUCUCCAGCCGCUGUCAGCUGAGCAGGACUUGAGGAGGCUCAUGAUCCCUCUCCCUGGCUGCAAGCUGGGACAGAUCAGGCCAAGUGCACCGCAUACCCUCACGGGUCCUUCUGCAGGAUUAAUCAUCGCUGGAACUUAAGUUACACCUUAGUGCAUUUGUUAAAAUUAAAAUUCUCUUGCACGCACAGCACCUUCCCAUGGUCCUUCCAGAUUAUAAUGAAGAGAACCCAAAGACUCUUUGGAAAUUGGCAGUCAGCUUCAGCCAGGCUCUCAGACUGGAGGUGUUGUUGGCAAAUGACCAGCAUUGUUUUCCCUAGAAAGUGACACAAAGACUUGACUUUCCUGUUGCUUUUAUCAUUUUUCUUCCCAAUUCAUUGAGUUACAUACUUUAAGAUUUUUGAGAAGCUGCCUUUCCACUAAUAUAUCCAUAUUUGCCUUUUUUAUAUGGAUGACCGGUUUCCAAAUGUCAGAAAGAAGCAGCCACAGUUUAAAGAUUAGGUUAAUAUUUAAAUUGUGUUUCCAGAGAAAGAGGAGAAACCUUGAGAUUACUGAUUACAUAAAACAAAUAACUCAUAUAGCAGGUGUUAAUUCAAUCCAGGGUGAAUUUAAUUUACCAGGUGCAUUUGUAAGCCUUAAUAUAAUAUACAUAAGCAAUGAGAGCUUAAUGGAACAUUUGAGCCUUUAUUUUAAGAGGAAAGGAAAUAAAACUUUAACUUUAUGCCAGUGGGAUUGUUAGUGUUCACCAAACACUGCUGGCUUAGAAAACCUUUUUGUCCCCAUGCUACAGUUUUUAUGCCCCCCUGGAAAAUAAUAAAAAGCGUUUUCAGAAAAGGAAUAAUUUUAAAGUACUUUAAAAUAAGUGUUGAUGAUGGCAAAAAAAAAAAAAAGGGAACUUAUUUUAUUUGUUGAUAAAAUAUUCGUGAGGUUGGUGCUGCUACUGAAACUGAACAUGCUAGGGUACAAGAGAAGGAACACUUCUUGCUGGUGGUCUUCUUAGACUCGGAGAGGGAAGUAUCUCUCCCUCUCCCCAGGAACUCUACAGAGCAAGGACAAAAUCACUUCUGACUUAGAGGGAGAGCUGAAUGCAGUGACCCUAUUUACCACAUCCCAAACUGGGUCAUGGAUUUUUUUAAUGACAUUUCAGUUUGAAAAGAAAACUGGAAGAUGGAGUUUCUGUCCUGAGUUGUUAGAAUUCCUGGAGCAUUUUGAUGGUUCCCAUGGGGGCCAAAGAAGAGAAGAUUUAAUAUGGUGAUGUGUUGUCAUAAAACAUUUGAUUGUUUUUGCUGACUGGGAUUCUUUGAAGAUUUAGUCUGUUAUUGAUAAGAGAAACACUAAAGAACUCUUGGUUGUAUAUUUGGCUGCUCUCAUUUCGGCAAGUGUUUCAAUGUUUCAUUAGACAAAAGGUGCUCUACAACAGUUGGCUCUGACUGGAGACCAAAUUUCUCUCAAGUUGAUCCGUGAACUGCUUCUGUCGGAGAUGCUCUCUGCGCACACCAAUCUGGCCAGCAGACAAGUAGAUGUAUAACUGGAUUUCCUGAGUCAGCCAACGCUUUGGGCUAUAUUUAAGCACAAUCUUUCUAUGCUAUACCAAGCUCCAAAGGUUGUAGUUCUUUUUUCUUUUCCUUCCUUCCUUCCUUUUUUUUUUUUUUUUUAAAAUAAGAAUCAGUUCUUCCAGUGCCUUAAUUCUAUUAUUAGGCAAUAUGAGGAGGCAUCUACCUUCCUACCCACCUAUGAAAACAGUACCAUUUCUGGAUAUCUAUUUUUAUUUAUUUGUAUAUUGGUGAGAAUUGAUAAUAUGAUUUCCUCAUAAUUCAGGUUUUCAGGUGUUAUAAUUUGGAAAAGACCUAUCAGGCAUUUAGAGGUAAGAUUAUGGAUGCACAGGAAUAUCAACUCAUUAGAAGAAAAAGAUUUAUAACUUCAGUUUUCAUUCUAGAAUAUGCAGUAAUAUUCAGGCCCCAGUCUUUUCUGUCCAUUGCAUAAAAGUACAUCCUUUGAUGCUUGCAUACAUUUAAUAGAUCAUGCUCAAGUGUGUCAUGUUUGAGUUGUUAUUGUGCAAAAGAAUUAAUGGCCACUUAUUUUAAUUUCCUUUAUUUCCAUCCCUAAGAAUGAGUCUACCAAGAGGGCUGAGAGAGAAGGUGGUUCUUGGCCUCUAGUAUUCUGUUAAUAGAUGAGAGAAGCAAUUUGUUCACUUUAUUUCACAGACUGUGCUCUGUGGUUUACGGCUCAGUUUUAUCUGGCCAACUUAAAACAUAAACCUCAUCCUUAACAGUUUUCUACAUACACUGGCUUUCUGUUUUUUCUGUUUUACUAGUACAUAAAACCAUUUCAGCAUAUCCAGUGGAAACAAAUAUUGUUUCUGUUGAACUAUCUGAAAUGAUUCCAUUCCUUAUUUACAAGAGUGUUCUAAGACUCUCAAAAUGUAAAAUAUUGUACAUUUUGAAGAGUUUCUUUGUAUACAAUAUGAGUAGGAUUAUGAUGAACGCAGAGUCUGCACUGCCCCAUAAAAGGGCACUAGUGAAUGUGAUCAAGGCCCAAUUAUUUAGGACUUUGAAUGGGACAGAAGGCCUAGCCUCAGGUCAUCUUUCACAGUCAGUCUCGUACACUUCUAAGUUAAAUCAAAGUGUUUAUGAUAGUUGUAAGGUCAGAAUUUUACCUAAGUUGGGCCAAAAGGACAGUUCUUAAGCUUGCUGUCCCAAACCAUUUAUGUGUCUAUUUAUUUAACAUCCUCUGAAUGCCCAUGGGGUUCUGUGGCCCUGUACCAGAUGCUAAGAUACAGAAAGAAUAUUACUCCUUAAUUAAUAAAGUCUUGAUCUUUGUAUUUAUUUGGAGGUGGACUCCAAAUAAAUAGAAAGAUCAAGAAAUAAGUACCAUCCCCAAAUACAAAGAUGAAAGCUAUUUUUAUUAUAAGCAUCACCUAUUCUGCUCAUGCUUAUCUCAAGCAUAAAGGCAUAUUCCCCAUGAUCACAGUGCUUCUUUGGCAAUAAAAAUAAGUUUGUGUUUUUGAAACUGUGAAAAAUAAUAUCAGGUUGUACUGUUUCAUUUAAACCUAGACUUUGGCAGUGUUAGGCUGCUUGGACUCAAUCAAUGCCAAGAUGCAGCAUGUUAAUUGCAGCUGAGAAAGGAAGUGGCAGGUGUUUCCAACCCUGAUGAGCUGCAAUGAAAUUGAUGUUUUCUGCAUUCUGGAGGCAAAUGACAAUUCAGCAGUGUCUCUCUUCCCAGGAAGCAGAUUUACAGGCUUUUCCUUCCAAACUGAAAAUGGCAGCAUGCCCCACCCAGGUGGUUGAUCAGAGAACUACCUCAGCAGGGCAGAGGUGGCAGGGGGCAGCUGGGGCUGCCACAUGAACAGAGAGCAGCAGUCAUUGGAUGUGGUGAGCUCAAAUGUGGGAGUUUAUUGUAAUAAGAAAGUUCACAUACAGGGGAAAGUGUACGAUUUCAUCUGUUUAUCUUCUAACCUCACUGCUGAGUAGCUUGUAAAAGAUUAAUUUGCUCCAACAAUUGGAAACUAUUCAUGUGGAUGGAAAUGUGUUAUUUGUGCACUGCUAUAGAUACUGAAAUGAACCAAAAAUAAAUGGUUUUGUGUCCCAGGAAUCAAAA